UUUUGUUUAUUUUCUUCCAUCUUUCUUCCUUCUUUGACAUUUAGCCCUUAAGGCCAAAAACUCUUUGCAUAUCAAAAAUCAAAAUUAAAAAGAAAUGACAACAUAUGGAACCAUUCCGGCUGAGUUGCCACAACAGUCAUUGAGCUUAAUUGUUCAAGCACGAGAAUUUCUCGGAUCAGGCCUCGGCUCACGAAGAAAAUGGGAAGACAUGAUCAAUAUUCGAGCAUUAAAUUUACCCCCGAAUGUAAACGAAGCGGUACGGAGAAUCAGAAUGAAUAUCGUGUUUUUCAAGACGAACUACGUGAUUGUCGUGCUUUUUCUCCUCCUCCUCACUUUGUUCUUCCACCCAACCUCGUUGGUCAUCAUUGUCGUCAUAAUGAUCGCGUGGUUUUUACAAUACUUUUUACGUGACAACCCUUUAUCGAUUUACGGCUUUGUCAUCGACCGUAACAUGAUCAUAACGGUCUUGACGUUGUUCACCAUCGCUGUGUUUUUCUUGACCGAUGUGAUGAGUAAUAUCAUGAGUGGCAUUACAUUCGGAUUGACGGUCGUUUUUGCACACGGAUUCUUUAGAACUACUGAUGAUUUGUUCGUCGGAGAUGAAAAGGACAUUAAUGCAUCGCAAUGUUAAUGGACUGACCAUUCACCGUGGCCGCCGCUGCUUAUGGCAUUGAAGAAUGUUGUUUCCUCUUGAAUGCCUCCAUUGUUGUUGUUGUUUCAAUUUUUUAAUCAUAUACUAUAAAUGGAAAGAAUUAAGUCAUUCUUUGUUGAUUAAGUUUAAUAUGUAUCAUCAUAUACUAUCUUCCUCAACUAUUGUGAAUCAACUGUUUUGGUACAAAAGAGAUAAUGGAUAAAUUUACGAUAUGCA